CCGCGCCGCCGCGCCUGGAGAGGAGCGGAAAGUGGGGAAAGCCCGAGAACUUCCCGUCUGCCCGCCCGCGCCUGCCCCGUCGGGCUCCGCCGAGUCCCUCCAGAGAGAUGUCCGAGACUCCUGCUCCGUGUUGCAUCAAGAGCAUCAUAAACAGUGCUCCUCUCUGAAUCCGGACUGCAGGGCUGUGCCCACUCAUGCCAACCCAUUGGAAUCACCCAAGCUGUCAGUCAGGACACAUCUGGUGUCAACAUCUGGCCUGUGGAACCUGUCUUAUCAUUAAGGAUGCAGAAGGUGGAGCAAAGAGUCAUCUGAACAGUGAGGAAGUGGUAGUAGUUGUGUUGCAGGAGAUGGAAACAAGCUUGUUUGACAGGUGGCUCUUGGAUGCAGGUGACUUGGAAAGAAACUCCUGAACCUCCAGCAGGAAAGAAUUUCGUACACACCUCCAGCGAGCCCGGUACCAAAUUACACCUCGUCACCACUACAUGUCCCAGUGCCUCAAGCCAUCAGGAUGGAGGAAGACACCGUCAGACUGCCAGCACACCUGCGUUUGCAGCCAGUUUACUGGAGCAGGGAAGAUGUGGCCCAGUGGCUCCGGUGGGCAGAGAAGGAGUUUUCCUUGAGACCCAUUGAGAGCAGCACCUUCGAGAUGAACGGCAAAGCUCUGCUGCUCCUGACCAAAGAGGACUUUCGCUACAGGUCCCCUCAUUCAGGUGAUGUUUUGUAUGAACUCCUUCAGCAAAUCCUGAAGCAAAGGAAAGCUCGUAUGCUCUUCACACCCUUCUUCCACCCUGGGAACUCAAUCCAUGCUCAGCCAGAGGUCAUAUUGCACCAGAAUCAUGAUGAAGAUAGCUUUGUGCAGAGAACUCCGAGACCAUCUGCAGAAGGAGUCCACCACAACCCCCCAACCAUUGAACUGUUGCAUCGCUCGCGGUCGCCCAUCACCAACAACCACCGUCCAUCGCCAGACCCCGACCAGCGCCCGCUGAAGUCCCCCAUGGACAGCACCCUCCGUCGCCUGUCCCCGGCCGACAGGAUGCCAGGGACAAGGCACCAGCAUGAGAACAACCAGCAGGAGCCCUAUCCUCUCUCAGUGUCCCCAAUAGAAAACAACCACUGCCCACCUCCUUCCGAGCUGCUCCAGAAGCCCUCCAGCCCUCGCCAGGAGAACACCAGGGUCAUCCAGCUGAUGCCCAGCCCAAUCAUGCAUCCUUUGAUACUGAACCCCAGGCACUCCGAUUUCAAACCACCGAGGUUGUCUGAGGAUGGGCUGCACAGGGAUGUCAAGCCCAUCAACCUGUCCCACCGAGAAGAGUUAGCUUAUAUGAACCACAUCAUGGUGUCUGUCUCCCCUCCCGAGGACCACGCGAUGCCAAUCGGCAGGAUAGCAGACUGUAGGUUGCUUUGGGAUUAUGUUUAUCAGCUGCUUUCUGACAGCCGGUACGAAAAUUUCAUCCGAUGGGAAGAUAAAGAAUCCAAAAUCUUUCGGAUAGUGGAUCCCAAUGGGCUGGCCCGGCUGUGGGGAAACCACAAGAACAGAACAAAUAUGACUUACGAGAAAAUGUCCAGAGCCCUACGCCACUACUACAAACUAAAUAUUAUCCGGAAGGAGCCAGGACAAAGGCUUUUGUUCAGGUUCAUGAAGACCCCAGACGAGAUCAUGAGUGGCCGAACAGACCGCCUGGAGCACCUUGAAUCCCAGGAACUGGAUGAACAAAUAUACCAAGAAGAUGAGUGCUGAAGGAAACAGGUGCAGCACCUCUGUGGGUCCAGGGGAGGAACAUCAGCCUGACGGUCGGCACGGUUUGGGAGGGGAAGCAACAGCACAGGAGCAGUACUUGAGGUCGCUGCUUAGCUUGAAGACCACGCAGGACCUGAAGCACCUUAACAAAACAAACUCACCGGCAGAAGUGGUGCUGGCAGGAAAGCCAAGGGGAGAAAGCCUGGACUUAUGCACUACUUCACUGUUCCUACAAAAUCUCCCUUGAGUUUUUUCUUUCUUUUUGGUUUGUUUCAGUUUUGGGGUUUUUUUGUCAUUUUUUUUCCCUAAUAAACAUGCAGUUUGACUUUCCUUAUCUCACAUAGGACAAGACAUCAGAUUAUGCUUCUUUUUUGGUUUUUUGUUUUUGGAAGGCUUUCCUAUGGAAAUAGAGUGCUCUUAUUUUCUGUGCAAGUCUCAUGACACAACACUGCAUAAACAAUAGCAACACAGAAGGGAUUUGCUCAAGGCUUCCAGUUUGCUUGGAUCAAUUUAUAUGUGCUGCCACUGGGAAAUGUGUUGAAGCUACCAAAAGAAUUUCUCACACAUACCUGUCAAAUGAAGAGGAGACACCCUUCAGAUGUAGGCUGGGCUGUCAUCCCAGCAUAGCUUGGGCUCACAAAGAGUACUCUGAGUGGCUGUUAAUUGCUGGAAUAUGGACCAAAACCAAUCACCUAAGUGCUCCAGAGAGGAGAAAAAUAAAUGUGACAAACCUCUGCAAGUGACUAUCAGUUAACAUUUUCCCUCCUUCUAGCAAAGAAGUGGUAGAAUGGAGGAGGGGGAAGGGAGGGUGGGGACAAAUACAUAUAUAUGUGUGUAUAUAUAUCUAAAAGUUCCAUAUAUAUAUAUAUAUAAAAAUAUAUAUGUAAUCCCCCCAGUAUAUUCACAAUGCAGAGUUGUGCAUUUCAGUUCAGAGUUUUCUAUAAAAAGAAAGACUGAAGCAUCUGUAAUUACAGAAGGAAGGGGUGUUUCUCAUACCUGCUAGCAAUUUUGGGAUAAAAGGUGAAGGACUGUUCCUUACAUCAUAGGGAGAAAGCAAAGGGACUCAUCACAUGGUUUGUAUUACUCAGAAGCCUCUCCAGGAUCAUUUUGUGCUGCUGGUGAGGUAGAUGAUUCACCACUCCAAAAUCUGAUGUUAGAGAACUAGAGACCAAAUAGCUAUACUUAUAUCUUGUAAUUGAUUUUGGCUUUGUUUUGGGAUUUGGUUUUGGGUUUUUUUAUGCCUCCCACUGCCCUCCCCCAUCCUACAGCUCUGCCAUCAAGGAAGCUUGUCCCAGCUUGCCUGUUUUUAACAUGAUUUAAGAAAAGAGAAAAACAAACCCUACAGCUGUAUUGCUUUCUUGGUUUGGGGUCUUGUUCUGGUUGCAAGGUGCCUCCUUUUGGUUUGCUGCACUGAGGGUGCUUGGCAUGAGGCAAAGAGCUAUGCCUAGUUUGGUCACAGAAAGCUCAGCAGUCCUUGAUGCCCAAACAAGAGAAACUGCUGGCCUGUUUAAUUUCACAGCUUGGACCAUCAGGACAGGAAUGUCUGUGGUGUCCAGUGGUCCAUCAGCAGGGGUCUUUUGAAUGGAAGGAAGAUCUAGCAGCAGAAAUGAUGCUUGCAGAGGGAGAAGGUUUAUAGGAAAACUGCAGGAAUCACAUGGUGCCUGAAAGAAAGCACGUGCACAGCAGUGCAUUAAAAGCAGAAAGCCUCUUUAAUGGAAACAUAAAAGAAACUAGAUCUGGAAAAAAAUCAAAAGGCUAAUCUAAUCCAUUUCAACCAAAAAACAAGGUACAUUCCCAUGAUAGAGCUUUUAUCAGCUAUUAAACCAACAUGACAUUUGCUCUUUCCACGUACUUAACAAGAGGGUUAAUCUAUCCAGGGAAAAAUGGCACUCUGCAAUGAACAGUGUCCGCUGUGUUUAAACAGAGAUAGGCCAAUCUCACCAAAGACUUAAUAUUGAGUCACAGGUCGUAGAAGGAACAGCUUUGUUAAGGGUGUAGAUAAGCAUCGUACAACAAGGAGAGAUUUUUCUGAGCCGGUAUCUGAUGAGGAAUGACAGGGUGUACAUUUCUCCCUGAGCUUUUCCCAGCCACGUAUUUCUAUAAAAUCACAGUCAGUAAGUUACAAGUCCCAGCACACCAUGUACUUGAUCUGCUCUGCCUAAAAAUAAUGGACAGUGUUUUUUAGCAAUGUGUCACCUGUCUCUGGCGUGACUCUGAAGUCCUUGGAGCUCAUGAGGUGUGAGAUUGGGAGACACUGGGAUUUCAGUAGUGACAGAUCUGAAACCCAAGGUCCCUUGAGAGCAAGGGCCCAAGGAGUUACUCUGUCACAUUGCUCAAGGGCCCCCAGGUUGCAGCCAGGUCUCAGGAGCUGGAGUGAAGUGGUGAAUUUGACAGAUGGAGUAUGAUCAAAAGUACCAAUGUAAAGAAAGGCUCUAGCUGGAUCCUUGGGUGUCCAGUGGUAGAAAGAGAACGUUUUUGCAGAGGAUGAUUCAUUCUCUUUACUGCUGUGGUCUAGACAACUGCAUACCUGCAUUAUUUUCUUCAGCCUGCUGUUACAAGAUGGUGAGGGACCAAAAAAAACCAAUAGAGACUUUCUGCAUAAAGUGCUCUGAUGAGUCACAGCUUUUUGUCAUGGCCAAGGUGCACACUGCAGAAUACAGAGAACCAGAGACAAUCCACCCAUUUCCUCACCAUUAUCUACCAAAUUAAGUCCAUCCUCAGCACUGGGUAAGACAGGAAAAUCACACAUUGUCCAGUAGGGAAGCUUCAUAGUGGAAAUCUUCACCUUCACAAAGAAAUGCAAUCACUUCUACUUGCACAAUCUAAGUCAAAGGGAAAAAAAUGUUUGUGGCUGUUGGAAACUCUUCCCAGUUCACACAUAAAGGACAUCUUAAGACAAUGUCAUCACAGCAACAGAGAAGGAGUUCUCUCAAGGCUGAUGCUAUUUGGAAUGAAAGUAGCCUUUGACCUUGAAACAGACCAGGACUGCAGGGCCUUGGGGCCUGUUGUGGGAACUGCAGGAUUUGAACUGCUCUUGGGGUCUUUGAAGUGAGUUUAUUAGGUAUGACUAAAAAUAAAAAAGCAGUGGCAGACUAGAACAGCUGCAGGAGGGAGAUUCCCAUUGACCUCACUUCCACUGGCAGAUCCAUGGGAAUGCGAAGACAGCAUUAACAUCCUGAGCCAUAGGAAUGCGUAGCUGCCUGCCAGGGCUAGCAAAGGUAACACUGUCUUUCCACCAACACUGACACCUGCCUUCCUCCCCUCCCCGUUUCUGAUUUCCCAGUGUAGAAUUUUGCCAGCAGCAAAACAGCCAAACUGUCUGCCUUUGCCACCAGAGCAAGUGGGGAAAGGGAGAAAGCAUUUCAUCCUUGAAGACACACAAAAGUCACCUGGACAUGCUGUGCCUGGUUGGCCCUGCCUGACCAGAGGGGGUUUGACCAGAUCCCUGCCAACCUCAGCACCCAGCAAAGGUUCUGAGUGGUUAAGUGGUUAUGCAAAGGUUAAGUGGGACCUUCAUUGUCAUCAGCUUGCUACAAGCCUCAACAAGCCACAGGUCAGUCAGGCAGGACAUGCUGCAGUUCCUCAGCAGAAUAUUUUCUUGAUUAAAGUUUGAAACCUGUUGACUGCCUUUCCAUCCAGAGAACACUACUGGGGCCCUUUCUGUGAACACUAAGUUGCUGCCAUCCUCCCCAUGUUUCAAACUCCAUAUGCAUUCUCCAGAUCUUUUUUGUCAGACUGCAACUGUACGCGAAUCCAGAGUUUGAGGUCUUUUUUAAAAAAAAAUAAAAUUCUAGUGUUUUUAUUGA